AUGCGCUGCACACUCUCCGCCGCCGCGGCCCUUCUCGGGCUCGCCGGAUCCGCCUCCGCCCAGCUCCGCUCCUCGGCUUACACCGACCCCCAGACCGGAAUCGACUUCCAACGUUACAAGCCGGACAGCUACCAGUACAGCUUCGGUAUCGCCGUUCCCGAGACCACCGGCACCGACUUCAUUGGACAGAUGGUCGUUCCCAUCUCCGAGAAGGGUAACUGGGGUGCCGUCUCUCUGAAGGGAGGCAUGUUGAACAGUCUGCUGUUCGUGGCCUGGGCCGAUGGCGAGGAUAUCAAGACCUCUUUCAGAAUGGGCAGCGCCUACUCCAACCCGGACGUCUACUCCGCGACCGAGGUCAGCGCGGUUCCCAUCGCCAACGGUACUUUCGUCAACAGCACCCACUUCUCCUACACCUUCCUCUGCUCCGGCUGCGUUGUUGCCGCCUCGACGACCCUGACCGGCGAGUCUCCCAUUCUGGGCUGGGCUUUCUCCGACACCAGCCCUACCACCCCCGCCGAUGCCACCAGUGCCCUCAACUACCACUCCGCUGGUUUCGGUCAGUUCGGUCUUGACAUUGCUGGUGCCAAAUCUGCCAAGUUCGCCGAGUGGUCCAAAUAUGCUAAGGCCGUCGAGACGACUCCCGUCCCCGGUAACGGCACCACCACCCCCGUCCCUGGCAACAGCACCAUCACUCCUCCCACCACCUCCAACACUACCUACGAUGUCAUCGUCGUCGGUGGUGGCCCUGCUGGUAUCAUCGCCGCUGAGCGUAUUGCCGAGACUGGCGCCAGCGUUCUCCUCAUCGAGCGUGGUCCUGCCAACACUGUCCCCUUGGGAUCCGACCUGGCUCUCCCCUGGAACGACACCCUGACUCCCUACGACAUUCCCGCUCUCGGUAGCUCCAUGACCGCGCUGUCCGGCAUCAGCCUCUGCAGUGACACUGCCUCCACCGCCGGCUGCUUGUUGGGAGGCUCCAGCUCCAUCAACGGUCUCAACUUCAUCCACCCUCCCGAGCACGACUGGCAGCGCUGGCCCAAGGGCUGGAACUGGGCCGAUGUCUCCGAGGCUGCUGACCGUCUCUACGAGCGCAACCCUGGUACCACCGAGCCUUCCAAGGACGGCAAGUACUACGACGACCUCACCUACCGCGUCCUCUCCGGUCUCCUGAGCGGCAAGGGCUGGACUGAGGUUGACUCUAUCGAGUCCCCCAACGAGAAGAAGGCCGUCUACUCCCGCCCCUCGUGGUCCAUCAAGGACCACCUGCGUGCCGGCCCUGCCCGUACCUACAUGCCCUUCGCCCAGCAGCUCCCCAACUUCACCCUCAAGCUCGAGACCAAGGUGAUCCAGGUUGAGCGCACCGGCAGCACCAUCACCGGUGUCCGCACCCAGGCCGCCGACGGCAGCAUCCAGAUCAUCAAGGUCAACCAGGGCGGCAAGGUCGUCCUCGCCGCCGGUGCCAUGUCCUCUCCCCGUAUCCUCUGGAACUCCGGUAUCGGCAAGUCCGACGCCCUGGCCAUCGUCAAGGAGGGCGCCUCCAAGACCGGUGUUGUUCUCCCCGCCGAGGCUGACUGGAUCGACCUCCCCGUCGGCCACGGUCUCCAGGACCACGCCCAGGUGAUGCUCCAGUUCAACUCCGCCACCAACUUCUCCGCCUACGGCUUCAACGCCAUCGCCUCCGACCCCGUCGACGGCGACCUGGACCUCUACAAGCAGGGCUCCGGUCCCAUCACCCAGGCCGCCCAGCGUAUGCACCUCUGGACCUCCGCCGAGGGCGUCGACGGCCGCACCCGUUACCUCCAGGGCACCGCCUCCGCCAUGCAGAACGGCAUCAUCACCGUCCGUACCUUCCUGACCCACGGCACCUCCACCGUCGGUGAGCUCGGCAUCGCCGCCUCCGGCAACACCGUCCUGAACACCAAGCCCUGGCUCAUCGACACCGAGGACCGCAAGGCCAUGUCCGACUUCGUCCAGUACUGGCUCGACCUCACCAGCGGCAGCAACUCCACCCUCAAGUACGUCACCCCUGGCGCCACCCCCGAGGACAUCAUCUCCACCAAGAUGAUCUCCGGUGACCACUGGGUCGGCUCUGCCAAGAUGGGUGAGGACGACGGUCGCCAGGCCGACGGCUCUGCCGUCGUCGACCUCGACACCAAGGUCUACGGCACCGACAACCUCUUCGUCGUCGACGCCUCCAUCCACCCCGACCUCCCUACCGGCAACACCCAGGCCAUCAUCAUGAUCACUGCCGAGCACGCUGCCGAGAAGAUCGCCGCCUUCAAGGUCAGCGGUUCCAGCAACUCGACUGCUCCUACCGAGAAGUGCACUCGCUCUACCAAGCGCGCUGCUCGCCAGGCCAUGCGCUUCAGACGCCAUGCCCGCCUGCACUACUAG